CUCCACUAUGUCUACCAACCUUUCCCAACCCUCCACUUUCCUUAUUGCACCCUCCAUGUGAGUCGCCGCCCGUUGGGUACCAUUUGUAGCGGCCCCUGUCUUCUCAUGUGACUUUUCAAAGCUUGACCGAAAAAGAACUCUGACCUGAAAUCAAGCACCCGUGGAUUGUAUUAGAUGACGGUGAUGAUGAGUUCUUAGUUUUUUAAUUCUCUGGCAUGCUCUGUUUCUUGUUAUGGAGAUAUGGAAACUCUCAAAAUCUGUGGACUGUCGUGCCUUGAAAUCUGUUCAAAUCUGCCAACAGCCGUGUCUUGAUAUGGCCUGACAUCAAAUGUUGAAUUCAGCUGAUUUCACUCUCACUCGUUCGCAAUCUUUUCUCUUUCUUCUUCAUUUUUUUAAUUCAAAGGGUACCUUCAUCUUUUUUUACAUUUUUGUCCCCUUUUUCCGGAUUGAUCAUGUUCUUCGUCUCUUUUUUCCAGAUCUAGGUGCUACUUUAGUUGUCUCCAAACACUUUCAUUUUAGAUUUCAAAAUUCGUAUCAUUUCUUCCAGAUUUCAGAGUUCAUAUAAUAUCAACCAUGUUUCGCUCACUAAAUGGGCCCUUAAGUUUCAAGUAAAAAUUUGCAAAUUUCCACAAAAAGUACACAUGAUUUGAAAAAUUGGUAUGAUUAUCAAUAAAAUUUUAUCUUCGUUAUUAAGAAAAGUUCAAGAAAUCCAUAGGUUUAUAAACAUUAAAUACUCAUUAAUUGCUUUCUAUCAAUUUCCCCAAGUGCACACUUUACAAAAUCCAAAAGUAAAUUUAUUGCCAACAGCCUAACAUGGUUAAGACUUAUGACCAUGGUGAUGAUGAUGAGAAAGAAUGUCAUGUCUAUUUAUAAUCUUCUUAGCUGUAUUUUUGAAUUAAUCAUUGAAAAAGCCCAGCACAUCCCUUAUAUUGGACAAUUAAAAUUUCUCCGAUUGGGAAGUAGAAUAAUGUCAGUUACCACUUUUCAAUCAUUCAUUGGUUUAUGAGUAAUUUCCUCUUAUAUAUUAGUCUUGCAUUAACGCAUUCACAAAUAUUUAUGUGAGAAGUAACUAUGCAAGCGCAACGUGAUCCGCCUAUUGAUAUGAUAUGCAAGGACAAGUUCUUAGUUCAAGCCACAGUUGUACCUGAGGAGACUUCUGAAGAUGACAUCAUCUCAGAGAUGUUUUCUAAAGACGAUGGAAAAUAUGUGCAAGAAAACAAGCUAAGGGUGGUCCUUGUCAGUCCAUCCAGCUCGCCAGUAGUGUCACCAAUGAAUGAAGUGCGCAGUCAUCUGCCAAGAGAUGUUCUAGCUGACGACGCUUUUGAUAGUGCAAAACUCAGUACAUUUUCUGAAUUGGGUGGGAGUAUGGAGCUAAAACAAGAAAAUGGCAUGGAGUUUGUGGAAAAGAAGCUUUUAGUAGCCAAAGCAAAUAACAAUGUGGGAGAGAUGGAAUCUUUCAAGGAGAAGAUGAAGUCAAAACUUCAUGAACUUGAACUACAAUUAAGCGCGGCCGAAGCAACCAUUGCUAGGCUGACACAGGAAAGGAAAGACAUCACUCAAGAGACAGAGGGUUUACGAAGGGAAUUGGCCGUAAUGACAAGCAAGAAGGUUGUCAGAAGAGUGCAAGUUGGAUUUCCUUUGGCGUAUGUGGUGAUGGUUGCGGUCAUUGGUAUAACUCUAGGAUGUCUUUUAGGUCGUUUAUAGAGGCAGCUACUGCAAUGCUUUCCAUACUCCCAUCGAUCCCAUGGGGGCACAAUAUGGAGUAGUUUUUUCCCCUUGUGUAUGACUCCUUAGAUAUACUGCUGUAAAUACUUGUUCUCUAUAAUACUCUUUAGGUGCUUUGGAGUAUUUAGGACGCACGAACGGUAUGGUAUGUACUGUACAUGUGGCAUCUACACAUUUGCAAGUUACACUAUAUUUAUUUCGAGCAUUUGUCUUGUUAG